UUCUCCUGUGAAAGGACAGAUUAACCGAAAUUGGGGCUGGGCUCUGGCCCCCGCCCUCCUCAGACCCCGUCUGCGCGGUCGGCUAGCAUCAGAAAGACGUCGCAGGAGUAGUCAACUCCCCCCACAAGUCACUCUCCAAGGUUCCAGAAAUGUGGGCUCCUGGCGCGUGUUUACCAAGGAACUUCCCCGGGGGGACUAGAUAAAAGCUCAGCUUGGAACGGGCUUUGCAAAAUAGAGAAGAAAAUCCAGUCUGCUUUUGGGGGAUAUUGGACAGCCGAAUAAAUGCAGUAUCUAAAUAUAAAAGAGGACUGCAAUGCCAUGGCUUUCUGUGCUAAAAUGAGGAGCUCCAAGAAGACCGAGGUGAAUCUGGAGGCCCCUGAGCCAGGGGUAGAAGUGCUCUUCUAUCUGACGGACAGGGAGCCCCUCCGGCUGGGCAGCGGAGAAUACACCGCGGAGGAGCUGUGCAUCAGGGCAGCGCAGGAGUGCUCUAUCUCUCCUUUGUGCCACAACCUCUUUGCCCUAUAUGAUGAGAGCACCAAGCUUUGGUAUGCUCCGAAUCGCACCAUCACAGUUGACGACAAGACUUCGCUUCGGCUUCACUACCGGAUGAGGUUCUAUUUUACCAACUGGCAUGGGACCAAUGAUAAUGAGCAGUCAGUGUGGCGACAUUCUCCAAAGAAGCAGAAAAAUGGCUACGAGAAAAAAAAAGUUCCAGAUGCAACUCCUCUUCUUGACGCCAGCUCCCUGGAGUAUCUGUUUGCUCAGGGACAGUAUGAUUUGGUCAAAUGCCUGGCUCCCAUUCGAGACCCCAAGACGGAGCAGGAUGGGCACGACAUCGAGAACGAGUGUCUGGGGAUGGCCGUCCUGGCCAUCUCCCACUAUGCCAUGAUAAAGAAAAUGCAGUUGCCAGAACUCCCCAAGGACAUCAGCUACAAGCGAUAUAUUCCAGAAACAUUGAAUAAAUCCAUCAGACAGAGGAACCUUCUUACCAGGAUGCGGAUAAAUAAUGUCUUCAAGGAUUUCCUAAAGGAAUUUAACAACAAGACCAUUUGUGACAGCAGUGUGUCCACUCAUGACCUGAAGGUGAAAUACCUGGCUACCUUGGAAACUUUGACAAAACAUUAUGGUGCUGAAAUAUUUGAGACUUCCAUGUUACUGAUUUCAUCAGAAAAUGAGAUCAAUCGGUUUAAUACGAAUGACAGUGGAAACAUUCUCUACUAUGAAGUGAUGGUGACUGGAAAUCUUGGAAUUCAGUGGAGGCAGAAACCAAAUGUUGUUCCUGUUGAAAAGGAAAAAAAUAAAUUGAAACGGAAAAAACUUGAAAAUAAACACAAGAAGGAGGAGGAGAAGAGCAAGGCCCGCGAGGAGUGGAGCAGCUUUUCCUACUUCCCCGAGAUCACCCACAUUGUGAUCAAGGACGCGGCCGUCAGCAUUAAUAAGCAGGACAACAGGAAAAUGGAACUGAAGCUCUCUUCUCACGAGGAGGCCUUGUCAUUUGUGUCCCUGGUAGACGGCUACUUUCGGCUCACAGCAGAUGCCCAUCAUUACCUCUGCACCGAUGUGGCUCCCCCAUUGAUCGUCCACAACAUACAGAAUGGCUGUCACGGUCCAAUUUGCACAGAAUACGCCAUCAAUAAAUUGCGGCAAGAAGGAAGCGAGGAGGGGAUGUAUGUGCUGCGGUGGAGCUGCACUGACUUUGACAACAUCCUCAUGACCGUCACCUGCUUUGAAAAGCCUGAGGUGCUGGGUGGCCAGAAACAGUUCAAGAACUUUCAGAUCGAGGUGCAGAAGGGUCGCUACAGUCUGCACGGCUCCGACCGCGGCUUCCCCAGCCUGGAGGAGCUCAUGAGCCACCUCAAGAAGCAGAUCCUGCGCACAGACAACAUCAGCUUCGUGCUGAAGCGCUGCUGCCAGCCCAAGCCCCGAGAAAUCUCCAAUCUGCUGGUGGCUACCAAGAAAGCCCAGGAGUGGCAGCCCGUCUUCCCCAUGAGUCAGCUGAGUUUCGAUCGGAUCCUCAAGAAAGACAUCACGCAAGGCGAGCACCUUGGGAGAGGCACACGGACACACAUCUACUCUGGGACCCUCAUGGAUUACAAAGAUGACGAAGGAACUUCUGAAGAGAAGAAAAUAAAAGUGAUCCUCAAAGUCCUGGACCCCAGCCACAGGGACAUUUCUCUGGCCUUCUUCGAGGCAGCCAGCAUGAUGAGGCAGGUCUCCCACAAGCACAUCGUGUACCUCUAUGGUGUCUGUGUCCGAGACGUGGAGAAUAUCAUGGUGGAAGAGUUUGUGGAGGGAGGGCCCCUGGAUCUCUUCAUGCACCGGAAAAGCGACGUCCUCACCACACCGUGGAAAUUCAAAGUUGCUAAACAGCUGGCCAGUGCCCUGAGCUACUUGGAAGAUAAAGACCUGGUCCAUGGAAACGUGUGCACUAAAAACCUCCUCCUGGCCCGCGAGGGCAUCGACAGUGAGUGUGGCCCAUUCAUCAAGCUCAGUGACCCCGGCAUCCCCAUCACUGUGCUGUCCAGGCAAGAGUGCAUAGAACGAAUCCCGUGGAUUGCUCCCGAGUGUGUUGAAGACUCCAAGAACCUGAGCGUGGCUGCUGACAAAUGGAGCUUUGGAACCACACUCUGGGAAAUCUGCUACAAUGGCGAGAUCCCCCUGAAAGACAAGACACUGAUUGAGAAAGAGAGAUUCUACGAAAGCCGGUGCAGACCAGUGACACCGUCUUGUAAGGAGCUGGCUGACCUUAUGACUCGCUGCAUGAACUAUGACCCCAAUCAGAGACCCUUUUUCCGAGCCAUCAUGAGAGAUAUCAAUAAGCUGGAAGAGCAGAAUCCAGACAUUGUUUCAGAAAAAAAGCCUGCAACCGAAGUGGAUCCCACACAUUUUGAAAAGCGGUUCUUAAAAAGGAUCCGUGACUUGGGAGAGGGCCACUUUGGGAAGGUUGAGCUCUGCAGGUAUGACCCUGAAGGGGACAAUACAGGGGAGCAGGUGGCUGUCAAAUCCCUGAAGCCUGAGAGUGGAGGUAACCACAUAGCUGAUCUGAAGAAGGAAAUUGAAAUCUUAAGGAACCUGUAUCAUGAGAACAUUGUCAAGUACAAAGGCAUCUGCACAGAAGACGGAGGAAAUGGAAUUAAGCUCAUCAUGGAAUUUCUCCCUUCGGGAAGCCUUAAGGAAUAUCUUCCAAAGAAUAAGAACAAAAUUAACCUCAAACAGCAGUUAAAAUAUGCUGUUCAGAUUUGUAAGGGGAUGGACUAUUUGGGUUCACGACAGUACGUUCACCGGGACUUAGCAGCAAGGAAUGUCCUUGUUGAGAGUGAGCACCAAGUGAAAAUUGGAGACUUCGGCUUAACCAAAGCAAUUGAAACCGAUAAGGAGUACUACACAGUCAAAGACGAUCGCGACAGCCCUGUGUUCUGGUAUGCUCCGGAAUGUUUAAUUCAGUGUAAAUUUUAUAUCGCCUCUGACGUCUGGUCUUUUGGAGUGACUCUGCAUGAGCUGCUUACUUACUGUGAUUCAGAUUCCAGCCCCAUGGCCCUGUUCCUGAAAAUGAUAGGCCCCACUCACGGCCAGAUGACAGUAACAAGACUUGUGAAUACGUUAAAAGAAGGAAAACGUUUGCCUUGUCCACCUAACUGUCCAGAUGAGGUUUAUCAACUUAUGAGAAAAUGCUGGGAAUUCCAACCAUCUAAUCGGACAACCUUUCAGAACCUUAUUGAGGGAUUUGAAGCACUUUUAAAAUAAGAAG